CUGAAAAAUAAACUCAACUACUUCUCUUCAUACAACAAACACACUAAUGAAUUUAUGGAAUAAAUGGAACAGUCUUCCGGUUAAGGCAAGAUACUAUAUAGGGGGAUCAACCUUUGUUUUUGCAUUAUUGGGUGAAUACGUUACCACUAGAAUAGAGGAAGAGAAACUGGCAAGAGCAGAUAUAUUGAAGCAGAUGGAGAAGGAACUGGAAUAAUCUUAUUUAGCUGAUAUAAUUUUAUUAAUAAAAUAUCUACAAGUUAUAAG